AUGCCUUCCAAACGUCCAGUCGAGACCAUAGACCUCACUGACGACUCGCCUUUCCACUCAUCGUCGCAGGGUGACGCGCAUGCCUCAAGUUCGCAGGGCUACGCGCAUUCGCACUCGCACUCUUCGCCCCACGUUCGCGCACCCAAACAGGCACGCACAUCAACGUACAAUCGCACAUGGUCGGGCGCGUCGCAACAAGACCCCGUGUACAUUCACGACGAUGACGAGGAAGACGCGUCAGCCACGCAGGGCAUAAAUGAGCAGGAACACACCUGGACGCUAUACGGCAACAUGCACACCAACAUUGUCGGGGUGAGAUACUACAAUGGGUAUGCGACCGUUGGAGAGAUGGUGGUGCCGAGGAGAGAGCCACACAACCAGUAUGACCGCAAUGCGAUCCAGGUGCUCAAUGUGCAGGGCGCACAGAUUGGUCACAUACCCCGGACUAUCGCGAGCAAGCUAGCCAAGUACAUGGACAAUCGCAGCCUGCUCAUCGAAGCUGUCAUCACGGGCGAAAAGGGCGCGUUCGAAUGUCCGCUCGAGCUCAAGUUCUAUGGCACCAAUGAGCCAGUGGAACGUGAGAAUCUUAUCAGCCAGAUGCGCGCCGACAAAUUGCCUGUGGGACACGCGGCAGAUCGCAAGCGCAAAGAAGCUGCGGCUGCGAAGGAGAGGGAGAAGAUGGCCAAGCAAGCCGCAAAGCAGGCGCAGAAGAAGGGCGGAGUUGUUGUUGGAGUGGGUGGCCAGAACCACGAGAACGACAUGGCAGAUUUCAUGGCAGGAUCAUCGCAAGGCUUUGGUCCUGGGCCCAGUCUCGAAGACAUUGUCGGUGGAAGUAUUCGCUACGCCCCCAGAGUUGAGCAGAUGGUCGAAGAGUUCGGUGUCAAGGAGACGGAUCUGGCAACGAUGCCCAAAGCUAAGCAACCGAGCGCUGUGCAGACCGAAUUGCACCCCUUCCAACUACAAGGACUGCAGUGGAUGCUCGACAAGGAGUCGCCUCAGCUUCCCGCCCAGGGCACCAAGGACGUGGUCCAACUGUGGCGGCGUCACCCGCGCAUGCCGAAUGCAUUCACCAACCUCGCAACAAACUUCUCUGUCACUAAUCCUGCACUUGCUUCUGGUGGUAUUCUGGCCGACGACAUGGGUCUCGGAAAGACAAUCCAGACGAUCUCGCUUAUCAUGGCUGAUCGAGAGCUCGGUCGCAAGGCACCGGAUGCCUGUGGUGCCACUCUUAUCCUUGCGCCGGUCAGCGUCAUGAGUAAUUGGUCCUCCCAGAUACAGAAACACCUGAAGCCCGAGCAUGCUCUCCGAGUCAUGUUCUGGCAUGGCAAUCGCAAGCAGCCUAUCGAUCCAAAGCAGAUUGAAAACUACGACGUUGUCAUCUCUACAUAUGACUCGGUGUCAGUGGAGUGGUACUCGCAGAAGUCGACCGACCUACCACGGAAGGCAGGUGUUUACUCCGUCAAGUGGCGCCGCAUCAUUCUCGAUGAGGGCCACAGCAUACGCAAUCCCAAAGCGAAGAGGACUAUUGCGGUCACCAACCUCAUGGCUCAAUCUCGCUGGGCACUGACAGGAACGCCUAUCAUCAACAAUCUCAAAGACCUGUACAGUCUUAUUCGCUUCCUUCGCCUAUCUGGUGGUCUCGAUAGAUUCGACAUCUUCCACACAGCGAUCAUGCGACCUGUGCUGCAAGGCGACAUGCAAGGCAACCGAGCACUGCAAAUGCUCAUGUCGGGCAUCUGUCUGCGUCGAAAGAAGGAAAUGUCAUUCAUCGACCUGCGCUUGCCUGAUCUGUCAGAGUAUGUUCACAAGAUCAAGCUGCAUCCUCAUGAGCAGGAGAAGUAUGACGCGCUUGAGGCCCAGGCAAAAGGCACGCUCGACGUCUACCGCAAGAACAUCGGUGGACAGAAGAGUGCAGAUACAUACCGUCAUCUGUUGGAAGUAUUGCUACGCAUGCGCCAGCUCUGCAACCACUGGCAGCUCGUUGGUGAAGAGCGUCUUAGCUCUAUCAUGCAGCAGCUUGAAGCCGAGGGUGUUGUUGACCUGACUGAGGAAAACAAGGCGGCCCUGCAGAGUAUGCUCCAGCUCAUGAUCGACUCCCAAGAAGACUGUCCGAUCUGUCUCGACACCCUCAAAGAGCCUGUCAUCACCAAAUGCGCGCACACCUUCUGUACAGCCUGCAUCGAGCGCGUCAUCGAAGUCCAGAAGAAAUGCCCCAUGUGCCGCGCCGAGCUAGAAUCCCUCUCCAGCACCACCGUCAAGCCCGCCGUGGAAACCACCGUCAAACCCGAGCUCACACAAGACCAACUCGCCGACGCCGCCUCGCUUGAGCAAAACACAUCCAGCAAAGUCGAAGCACUCCUGGACAUCUUAAAAGCCACGUCCCAAGACCCGUCCAACAAAACCAUCGUCUUCAGCCAAUGGACCUCCUUCCUCGACCUCCUAGAACCCCACCUUACCGCCGGCGGUCUCACCUUCACACGCAUCGACGGCAGCAUGACUGCGCCCCAACGAGACACCGCCCUUGACGCCCUCGAAUCCAACCCCAAUUGCACAAUCAUGCUCGCCUCUCUCGCCGUCUGCAGCGUGGGUCUCAACCUCGUCGCCGCCAAUCACGUCAUCAUGGCCGACAGCUGGUGGGCGCCCGCUAUCGAAGACCAGGCCGUCGAUCGCGUGCAUCGGCUCGGUCAGAAGCGGGAAACCAAGGUCUUCAGACUGGUUGUUGAGGAGAGUGUAGAGGAGCGCGUGUUGGGCAUCCAGGAGGAGAAGAGGAGGUUGAUGGGGCUGGCGUUUGCGGAGAAGGAGGGCGGCAAGAAGAAAAAGGCCGGUGGUGUCGCGGAUUUGAUGAGGCUGCUGGGGCAGUCGACGCAGGCAACGCAGGGGGAGGGACAGGGUGCGGAGCAAGGGGAUGGGGGCGAGGUUCAGGUUGUGGCGCAGGCAACGAGAGGAAGGACCAGGAGAUGA